CGAAUACAAUUUUCCAUGGCAGAAUAAAGUCGAAAUUUAGUAAGCGGGAAACACUACAUAUGUCGUGAAAAAAUGAGUGAUAAUCUUGUGUGCAUUAAAGAUUUCGAAGUUCAUGCUCAUGAGGUUUUGUCCAGAAAUGCUUUGGAUUAUUAUAGAAGUGGUGCCGGCCAGGAGGAGACUUUGAUCCAGAACAAUCGCGCAUUUUCCAGAUAUAAAAUUCGUCCAAGAUGUUUAAGAAAUGUAGCAAACAGAGACCUGUCCACCACAAUUUUGGGAGAAAAGGUGUCCAUGCCCAUUGGGAUAGCACCAACAGCUAUGCAAAGAAUGGCUCAUCCAGAUGGAGAAUGUGCCAAUGCCCGAGCUGCUCAGGCCUUAGGAACAGUUUUUACUCUCAGCACUAUAGCUACUAGUAGUAUCGAGGAAGUGACCAAAAGUGCACCAAACGUGCUAAAGUGGUUUCAGCUUUAUAUUUAUAAAGAUAGGAAGGUUACCACAAGUUUAGUCAGGAGGGCUGAACAGGCUGGCUUCAGGGCUUUAGUACUAACAGUGGAUGCACCGAUGUUUGGAUUGCGUUUAGCGGACAUAAAAAAUAAAUUUACGUUGCCACCGCACUUAAAAUUAGCUAACUUCGACGGCACAAAAUCCACAGAUAUUAACAAAAAUAAUGAAGAAGGAUCCGGUCUCAACGCUUAUGUAAAUUCUUUAUUCGACGCGUCGGUAACCUGGGAAGAUAUCGAGUGGUUAAAAAGUAUCUCUACACUUCCAAUUGUACUAAAAGGAAUACUAACAGCUCAGGAUGCUAUAAUGGGUGUUGAAGCUGGCGCCGCCGGAAUCUGGGUGUCAAACCAUGGGGCCAGACAAAUUGAUGGAACUCCGGCUUCCAUUGAGGCAUUACCUGAGAUUGUAAAAGCUGUAGGAAACAAAGUUGAGAUCUAUCUUGACGGUGGAAUCAGAGACGGAACUGACGUCUUCAAAGCUUUGGCUAUGGGUGCUAGAAUGGUUUUCAUGGGGCGGCCCGCUUUAUGGGGUUUGGCCCAUAGCGGCGAAGAAGGAGUCAAGAAAAUUCUGACUAUUAUAAAAACUGAGUUUGAUUAUGCUCUUGCCAUAUCAGGUUGUGCUAAUAUCAGUGAUAUAAAGCCCUCUAUGGUAGUACAUGAAUCUUAUUAUUCUAGAUUAUAACAGGGUGGACAAAAUGUAAAGUGAAAAUUAUGUAAAUAUGUUACCUACAUUGAUUAUUACAGUUUUAUAUAUGUACCUUCAUUAUUGUAAUAUAGAUGAUAUGUCUCA